GCAGAAAAUAAUGAAAGAGAAAGAGAAAUGGCCGGGAUUGCAAAUGGUGUUGGUCUUUUAAUAAGUUUCAUGUUGAUUUGUGGAGGAAUGCCAAAAGGACAUGCUCUAGGUACUAGUCCUUAUUGUGAGAAGGUACUAAGCAGGUUUGCGCCACCUGGGAACUGUUUAAAGAAAAAUGGUAACGCAUUAUGUAAAGAAUCUUGCGCCAAUGAGCAAUUUCGAGAAGGCGUAUGUCUACAUCUACCGAAGCCACAAUCAAAACUCAAUUGCUACUGUUCGGUUCUUAAAUGUCCCUAACUUUCUUUGUAAGCUUAGUACCUUCUGUGUUUCUCACGGUUCAGCUAUACUUCCAAACAUCACCGUGUUUCUUUUCUUUUAAGAACUUUGCUCAAAUAAACUUUAUUGUGUUAAACCUCAAACCUCUUCACCAAAAAUAAUAGAAGGAAUGAGUAAUAAUAUAUAGUCUGAAUCUUAUGUUCAGAUCCAGACU